CAUUAAAAUCUACGCCCAAAAAUUAUAGAGAAUUAAAUUAAGACAUAAAGCACAAAUGCAAAAAGAAAUAGAAGUGUUUUUUAAUAAGAAAAAUACAGACUUUAUUAGAAAGAACAGUGAAGAAGUAGCGGAACAAAGAGAAAUGGAGAAAAGAAUCUUUUAAGCUUUCUCUGUCUCUCUCUCUCUCUCUCUCUUUCUCGCAGAGCUGCACUCACACUCACUACCAUUACUCUAAAAAAACACUGAACCUUAUUCACUUGCUGUAGAGAGUUUACACAAACACACACACACACAAGGAGAUAUGGUAUCAAGAUCGUAUUCCAACCUCUUGGAUCUCGCUUCAGGCAACUUCCACUCCUUCUCCCGGGAAAAGAAGAGGUUCCCAAGAGUAGCAACCUUCACAGGCGUCUUAUCCGAGCUAGACGACGACACCAACAGCAACAGCGUCUGCUCCGACGCUCCUUCCUCCGUGGCGCAAGACCGAAUCAUCAUCGUUGGAAACCAACUCCCCAUCAAAUCCCACCGAACCUCCUCCGGUAAACUCACCUUCACCUGGGACAACGACUCCCUCCUCCUACAGCUCAAAGACGGCAUGCGCGAAGACAUGGAAGUCGUCUACAUCGGCUGCCUCAAAGACCAAGUAGACCCAUCCGAGCAAGACGACGUCGCUCAGAGACUCCUCGAGAAUUUCAAAUGCGUCCCUGCUUACAUCCCGCCUGAGAUCUUCACCAAGUACUACCACGGCUUCUGCAAGCAGCAUCUGUGGCCAUUGUUUCACUACAUGCUUCCUCUAAACCCUGAUCUUGGAGGCAGGUUCGACCGCUCCUUAUGGCAAGCGUACCUCUCCGUUAACAAGAUCUUUGCUGACAAAGUCAUGGAGGUCAUUAGCCCAGACGAUGACUUCGUCUGGGUACAUGACUACCACUUGAUGGUUCUCCCUACUUUCUUGAGGAAGAGGUUUAACAGAGUGAAGCUAGGGUUCUUCCUCCACAGCCCCUUCCCUUCUUCAGAGAUUUACCGAACUCUCCCUGUCAGAAACGAGCUCUUACGCGCCCUCCUCAACGCUGACUUGAUCGGGUUCCACACCUUUGACUACGCUAGACACUUCCUCUCUUGCUGCAGCAGGAUGCUAGGCUUGUCCUACCAGUCCAAAAGAGGAACCAUAGGGCUUGAGUACUACGGCAGAACCGUCAGCAUCAAGAUCCUCCCCGUUGGGAUCCACACCAGCCAGCUUCAGUCGAUUCUAAACCUCCCCGAGACUCAGACCAAAGUCGCUGACCUUAGAGACCAGUUCUCCGACCAGAAGGUCCUCCUCGGCGUCGACGACAUGGACAUCUUCAAAGGAAUCAGCCUCAAGCUCCUGGCCAUGGAGCAGCUUCUCCAGCAGCAUCCGGAGAAGCGAGGACGAGUUGUACUCGUCCAGAUCGCCAAUCCCGCGAGAGGCCGCGGGAAAGACGUCCAGGAGGUUCGGUCCGAAACCCUAGCCACCGUUAAACGUAUCAACGACACGUUCGGAAGGCCAGGGUACCAGCCUGUGGUCCUCAUCGAUGAACCGCUUCAGUUCUACGAGAGGAUCGCUUACUACGUGGUCGCAGAGUGUUGUCUCGUGACGGCUGUGAGAGACGGUAUGAAUCUCAUCCCUUAUGAGUAUAUCAUCUGCAGACAAGCUAACCCCAAGCUCAACGAGACGUUAGGACUCGACCCUUCCGCUGCUAAGAAGAGCAUGCUUGUAGUCUCCGAGUUCAUCGGUUGCUCUCCUUCCUUAAGCGGCGCCAUUAGAGUGAACCCGUGGAACAUCGACGCGGUCACCGAGGCCAUGGACUAUGCAUUGAUAGUUUCAGAAGCGGAGAAGCAAAUGCGUCACGAGAAGCAUCACAAGUACGUGAGCACGCAUGAUGUUGCUUACUGGUCGCGCAGCUUUAUACAGGAUCUUGAGAGGGCGUGCGCGGAGCACGUGAGGAAGAGGUGUUGGGGGAUAGGGUUCGGGUUAGGGUUUAGGGUUGUGGCGCUUGAUCCGAGUUUUAAGAAGCUUUCUAUUGAGCACAUUGUCUCGGCUUAUAAGAGGACUAAGAAGAGAGCUAUUCUUGUGGAUUAUGAUGGCACGAUGGUGCAGCCGGGGUCCAUUAGGACGACGCCUAGCAUCCAAACGAUCGAGACCUUGAACAAGCUGUCUAGUGACCCCAAGAAUAUCGUUUAUCUCAUCAGCGGGAAAGAUAGGAAGACGCUAACCGAAUGGUUUUCUUCGUGUGGUGAUCUUGGUUUGGCCGCAGAGCAUGGAUACUUUAUAAGACCAAAUGAUGGAACAGAGUGGGAACCAUCGAGUCUAGUGUCGGCUUUUGAGUGGAAACAAAUAGCAGAGCCAGUGAUGAGACUCUACACUGAGACUACAGAUGGAUCAACAAUAGAGACUAAAGAGACUGCUCUAGUUUGGAACUACCAGUUUGCUGAUCCUGAUUUUGGAUCUUGUCAAGCCAAAGAGCUUAUGGAACACUUAGAAAGUGUGCUCACGAAUGAUCCGGUCUCUGUCAAAACCGGACAACAACUCGUUGAAGUUAAACCACAGGGCGUGAACAAAGGUCUUGUGGUGGAGAGGCUUCUAACGACGAUGCAGGAACAAGGGAAGCUGUUGGAUUUCAUUCUAUGCGUGGGAGAUGAUCGGUCUGAUGAGGAUAUGUUUGAGGUGAUAAUGGGUGCUAAAGAUGGUCCUGCUUUGUCUCCAGUGGCUGAAAUAUUCGCUUGCACCGUUGGUCAAAAGCCAAGCAAAGCUAAGUACUACUUAGACGACACUGCAGAGAUUAUCAGAAUGCUCGAAGGUCUAGCCACCUCUGAUCAAACCGCUUCAACCGCGGAGGUUCCAACAAAAGAUAUCUUCUAAAGGAUUUGUGAAACGUGAGUUUAAUUAAGAGUUUGUUUGUGUAUGACUUGUGUGUAUGGUUUUCAAGUUUAGGAAUGUCUUUUCUCUACUGUGUUGGAUUAACGUAAACACAUGAUUAAGAUUAAGGUAAGCAACUCUUCUUCAUGUA